CCCACACAUUUCAAUUCAUCUCAUUCAUCACAUACACAGUUCAUCGCCGCUGCUGUGCAUUUUGCAUCGAUUCACACACACACUACACAGAUUCAUCACCAUUGUUAUGCCGAUCGGCUCACGGCUGGUCACCUAUCCUCACCGCCGUCGCUAGUAUCUCCUUCCCUUGCCAAUCGGCUCACUGCUGGUUUCUCCUCUUCGUCGUCGCUCUCCUCGCCUUUGUCUUCCAUGGCUACUGCAACAGGCAAGUUGUCUCACGAGAACGAGGACCAAGAGAAGGAAGAACAGGACGACGACCAGACCUUCGAAGAGCUUGGAUUGGACCCUCGCUUGAUUCGUGCCCUAACCAAGAAAGGCAUCGACAACCCCACUCCAAUCCAGCGUGUCGCCAUUCCACUCAUCCUUGCAGGUAAGGAUGUGGUUGCCCGAGCAAAGACUGGUUCCGGAAAGACCUUCGCUUACGUCCUUCCGUUGCUUCAGAAGCUCUUCUCUGAUUCUGCUUCGAAUAAGAACCUCGCUCCCACUGCAUUCAUUCUCGUCCCGACACGAGAAUUGAGCCAACAGGUUUAUUCCGAAGCAUUGUCGCUAAUUGAGUUAUGUAGAGUGCAAUUGAAAGUUGUACAGUUGAUGAGCACCAUGUCCGCUUCUGAUUUGAAAACUGCUUUGGCAGCACCGCCUGAUAUUCUGGUUUCCACCCCGGCUUGCAUAAAAACAUGCUUGUCGAAAGGUGUGCUCAACCCAACAUCUGUCCAGAAUUCACUUUCAAUACUUGUUCUCGAUGAGGCAGAUCUUCUUUUGUCAUAUGGAUACGAAGAUGAUCUCAAAGCUCUUACAGCUCAUAUCCCAAGACGUUGUCAAUGUCUUCUCAUGUCUGCUACCUCAAGUGCUGAUGUUGAAAAGCUCAAAAAACUUAUUCUACACAAUCCCUAUAUCUUAACAUUGCCGGAAGUGGGAGAUGUUAAGGAUGAUAUUAUCCCUCAAAAUGUUCAGCAAUUUUGGAUUUCAUGCAGUGCUCGUGAUAAGCUUGUUUACAUCCUUGCACUCUUGAAGUUGGAGCUGGUCCAGAAAAAAGUGCUGAUAUUUACUAAUACAAUUGACAUGGGUUUUAGACUGAAACUUUUCUUUGAACAGUUCGGAAUCAAGUCUGCUGUUUUAAAUUCUGAGUUGCCUCAAAAUUCUCGUCUACACAUCCUUGAGGAAUUCAAUGCUGGGCUUUUUGAUUAUUUGAUAGCAACUGAUGACAGCCAAUCAAAGAAGGAACAAGCUGAUGUGGAGAGUCACGUUGAGCAAAAAAAAUCUAGAAAGCAUGCCAAGAGAAAAUUGGACUCUGAAUUUGGAGUUGUGAGAGGAAUUGACUUCAAAAAUGUGCACACGGUUAUAAAUUUUGACAUGCCUCAGAGUGGUGCAGGAUAUAUACAUCGAAUUGGGCGCACUGGAAGAGCCUAUAAUACUGGUGCAUCUGUCUCUCUGGUUUCUCCUGAAGAGAUGGAAAUUUUUGAAGAAAUUAAAUCUGCUUUGGGUGAAGAUGAAACUAGGGACUCAAAUUUUAUUGCACCAUUUCCAUUACUCACUAAGAAUGCUGUGGAGUCCUUACGAUAUAGAGCUGAGGAUGUUGCGAGGAGCGUGACAAAAAUUGCUGUGAGAGAAUCACGGGCCCAGGAUCUGAGGAACGAAAUUCUAAAUUCUGAAAAGUUGAAGGCUCAUUUUCAAGAUAAUCCACGAGACUUGGAUCUUUUGAAACAUGACAAGGUCCUGAGCAAGAAGGCCCCAGCUCCUCACCUGCGUGAUGUGCCCGAAUACCUAUUGGACCCAACCACUCAGGAGGCAAGCAAGGUUAUCAAGCUUGCUAGAGCUGCCAUGGGUAACACUAAUUCUGGUCAUCGUAAGGGAUUCAAGGGUAAAUUCAGAAAAAACAGCAAUCCUCUUAAAUCCUUCUCCGCAGAGGCACCAAAGAGAGGAUUUAAAGGCGGGAUGAAAAGGAAGGGAAAGGACAAGGAUGAUGGCCACACAAACAAAAAGAAACAGUCUGUAUGAUUUAUUUACCUAGCUGUCAAUUAUUCAAAUGGUGUGGUGAAUGGUUUAUCCCCUCAGUUUUGUAUCAAUUAAUUUCUAAUAGAAAUUAAAAUUUUGUAGUGAUAAGGCCUGUUACGUUAGGAGUUGUUUGGGUUUUUUCUUUUAGAAAAAACCCUGUUGUACCAGCGAAGUUUUAAGUUGGGCCCAUGGCUCCCGGAUAAGAUAGUGAACACGUGACAAAAAAUGUGAUUAUCAUAAUAUUAUUGAUUUGAUAAUGUAUUUGAAGAAACAUUCCAAAAUCUGCUUUUGGAGCUAACUUCAAUUAGGAAACGUUGUCAGUCA